AUGGCAACCCACAGCGAUGAGAUUCCUAAGGACCUUGUAUUUAAAAUUCUAGCAAAAUUACCUGUUAAGUCUUUGAAGCAAUUUAGUUGCGUGCAUAAGUCUUGGCUAAAUUUACUUGAGAAUUCUGAUUUCAAGAGCAUAUACUACGAAAAUUUAAAAUCUAAAACUGCUUAUUCAUUAUCUCUCUUUCUAUGGAGAUAUUUUGAUGACAAAAGAAGUGAUGGACGCAUUUAUGAAAAUGAUGUGCAUUUGUUUUCGGGAGAAAGGUAUGAAAACAUGGUUACGUUAGUUUUGCCAAGUCUGUUUGAAGAAAUUGAUUUUGAUAGAGUUCUAGAUUGUGUUAACGGUAUCAUAUAUCACUAUAAAACAGCUGGUCUUAAUGUAAAAAUAGGACUUUGGAACCCCAAAACUGAUAAGCGUAAAAUUAUUCCUCCAAGUAUUAUUACUAAUGAGUCCGACUUUGAUCCGGAGGUACGUAUUCAUAGAUUUGGUUAUGAUAAUGUGAAUGAUGACUAUAAAGUGAUUCAAUAUGUAUAUUAUAUUCAUCAUGAAUUUGACACAUAUGCGUCUGCGCUAGCAAAUUGGCAAAUUUAUAGUCUAAAAAGUAAUUGUUGGAAGAAACUUGAUUUUGAAAUGACUCAAAAAGAAGCGACUCAUGAAAGUUAUGUAGCGUAUUUGAAUGGAGUAUGCCAUUGGUGGGGAUGGGAGGACGAUGAAAAAGAGGUACUUGUGUCAUUUAAUCUCAGCAUUGAACCGUUUCGAACCACAUUGAUUGAUUGGGGACAAAGUGAUACUGGUCACCCUACCAGAACUUUGGUAAUGCUCAACGAAUCUAUUACUCUGAUCUCCUCUUUUGAUGAGAAUAGUCGCAUUGAAAUAUCAAUUUUGGGUGAAGUUGGUGUAGAGGAAUCUUGGGUGAAAUUGGACCCUUUACAAAUUUGUGGCAUCCAAUGGGAAUGA